CGAACAAUAUUGUAAAUAUUUAAAUUAAAUGUUACAUAACCUUACUUUUAUUUAGAUAAAUGUUGCCCCAAAACGUGUUUUCCCUCUUGAUUAAGAAUAGUGACAAGUUAAAAUUACAGGAUGUCCUUUUCAAAUGUGCCUUUCAGUAUGCUAGUUUGGGGUUGAAUGUCUGGUUCAUAUCCCCACAACCCUUCAAUCAGUUACCUUCAAAUUUGAUACCACCCGAUAAGGAAGUACUACAGCUUAUAACCUUUUUAUACCUACAGGAUCAAGCCGAUUUACUUUCACAUUUAAACAGUGUUCAUUUGUGGACCAAGUAUCCGCAAGUUAUAAUCGUGAACGAUUACGAAUUUUAUUGUGGAGAUAGUCUUAGGUUAAAUGCCUUUAUUAUCGCAAGUAUGUUAGAUGCUACCCUUGCCUGUGCUCGUCGACAUCACUUCAAACGGGCCCACUUUGUAACUUCAUUUACAAGAGAAUGUACAGAAUUUGAAAAUAUAUUUUGUAUGUAUUUUCGCAAAAUUCUUUCGUACGAUGACAAUGAAGACGACCUCUUACAAUUAAUAAAAGAUGAUGUAUUGUUAAAAUAAAUUUUAUUAAUACUCUAUUAAUUAUAAAAGGCACUUAGUAUACGUUAAUACUUUUUAUGUUGGUUAACUUAGGCAAUAUUUUUGUAUCUUGAAAAUAAAUUGUACAGCACACGCAGAGUCGA